AGUCGCCCGCAGACCCCGGAAGUGCAACUCGAACUUGGUCGGGGCGCGGAUCCCGAGAGGGAGAGUCAUAACAAACGCACGAGGGAGUUGGACUGGCGAGCUGGAAGGCCACGCCUCCUCCCGCCUACCCCCUCAGCCCUGUAGCUGGGGGCAGAGCUCAGACUGUCUUCUGAAGAUUGAUGUUUAUUUCCUUGAGCUCUUUAAUUUUGUUGCCAAUUUGGAUAAACAUGGCACAAAUCCAGCAGGGAGGUCCAGAUGAAAAAGAAAAGACUACAGCACUGAAAGAUUUAUUAUCUAGGAUAGAUUUGGAUGAACUAAUGAAAAAGGAUGAGCCACCUCUUGAUUUUCCUGACACCCUGGAAGGAUUUGAAUAUGCUUUUAAUGAAAAGGGGCAGUUAAGACACAUAAAAACUGGGGAACCAUUUGUUUUUAACUACCGGGAAGACUUGCACAGAUGGAACCAGAAAAGAUACGAGGCUCUAGGAGAGAUCAUCACGAAGUAUGUAUAUGAGCUCCUGGAGAAGGACUGUAAUUUGAAAAAAAUCUCUAUUCCAGUAGAUGCCACUGAGAGUGAACCAAAGAGUUUUAUCUUUAUGAGUGAGGAUGCUUUGACAAAUCCACAGAAACUGAUGGUUUUAAUUCAUGGUAGUGGUGUUGUCAGGGCAGGUCAGUGGGCUAGAAGGCUUAUUAUAAAUGAAGAUCUGGACAGUGGCACACAGAUACCUUUUAUUAAAAGAGCUGUGGAUGAAGGAUAUGGAGUAAUAGUACUGAAUCCCAAUGAAAACUAUAUCGAAGUAGAAAAGCCGAAGACACAUGUACAGUCAUCUUCUGAUAGUUCAGAUGAACCAGCAGAAAAACGGGAAAGAAAAGAUAAAGUUUCUAAAGAGACAAAGAAACGACGUGAUUUCUAUGAGAAGUAUCGUAACCCCCAAAGAGAAAAAGAAAUGAUGCAGUUGUAUAUCAGAGAAAAUGGUUCUCCUGAAGAACAUGCAAUCUAUGUUUGGGACCAUUUUAUAGCCCAGUCUGCAGCUGAGAAUGUGUUUUUUGUUGCUCACAGCUAUGGAGGACUUGCUUUUGUUGAACUGAUGAUUCAACGAGAAGCAGAUGUGAAAAGUAAGGUAACUGCUGUGGCAUUGACAGACUCUGUUCACAAUGUGUGGCAUCAAGAAGCUGGCAAAACGAUUCGAGAAUGGAUGAGAGAGAACUGUUGUAAUUGGGUCUCUAGCUCGGAACCAUUAGACACGUCAGUGGAGUCCAUGCUACCUGACUGCCCCCGGGUCUCAGCAGGCACCGACCGUCAUGAGCUAACUUCCUGGAAGAGCUUCCCGUCUAUUUUCAAAUUCUUUACCGAAGCCUCUGAGGCCAAGACCAGUUCCCUGAAGCCGGCUCUGACGCGACGCUCCCACCGAAUUAAGCACGAAGAGCUGUAAGAGGAGAGCGAGCGAGACGGGGGCGGGGAAGCCCGGGAAGCCCCCUCGAGCGCGCAUCCGCGUCUGCCAACUGCCCGCGGUCGGCGCGCAGACUCCCGGCCCCUCAUUAGAUUGUUUUCUUCCCAGAGCACAGGGUCGUGAUAUAUACAUCUAAAUAGCGUUUUGCAUUAUUUCUAGAUGAGUGCAACUGUCAAAGCAAUAUGGGUUCACUGGUCGUGCUUCCUGCGGGCUGAGCCCGGGCUUCUCGCUGCCCGUCAGCGCGCAGAUUAAGGCUGACAGCGCCCUGCCCGGCGCGGCCGCCGCGGCUCUAAUUGCCCUGACGGAGCCCGCGCCGGCGCUGCGGGGUGCGCGGUGUCCGCGCGGUCCUACCGCCCGCCGCAGCGCAGCCGCGGCUGCUCCCCCCUCCUUAAUCAUGUCCGUUUGCCACCCCCCACCCCAGCCCUCUCUGAACAGGAGCUAACUUAUUCUAGACUUCAAACUUCCAUUUUAACUAGGUUUCUCCCCGAGGGCGUCUUAUGCCUCUUUUUUUUUUUUAAGGAAAUUACCCCCCCCAACACACACACACACACACACACAGAAAAGUCAAAUUUAAAUUCAGAACAUGAGUGCCACGAUGUACUACGGAGUUUGGGGAGUGUAAAUUGUUCUCUCCUUAACGAUCCAUUUUCAUUUCGAGACCAAAAGAACUUUGCGUAAAAAUCUAUAAAGUACCAAAUCCGCAUUACUGCUGAAAAUCCUCUCCAGUUGAUUGUGAAAUUUUACACGAGUCUCUAAUUUCAGAAGAGACUGUUUAAAACAUAAUGAUGAGCAGAUCUUUUAAGUGUAGGUGUGAAAGGUCCCAUUUUCAGUGGAAUUUCCAACUGUAUCAUUAGAAUUGACUUUACUUUUUAAACAUAUGAUGUGUAUUGAGUGUCAUUGUAAUUUAGAUAACACACUUAAGUUUUGCUGUUUAAAUCUUAAUGUGGAGAAAGUUUGUUGUUAAUCCUUAGUAGAAAGAGCUAUUCUGAGCUUUCCUGGAGUUAGGCCUUUUUAGGGAUAGAAUAUUUUAUUGUCAUCAGGAAAAUAAACCUAUGUACUCUGGAGCCUUUUUCUUCUGAAAAACUAAGUUGGGCUAAAAUGAUUCUUUUAGUUUUCUGCUCUAAUAGGAAGAGAGAGACUUGGUGUGAAAGAUUUUUCACCUUUCCAUCCAAUGGUAUAAUUUUUAGUACUCCACUUCCUCUGUAGCGUUUUUCCCUACAUUUUCAACAAUUAAAUAUUUUAAUCCAGCUAAGAUCUGGCCAACACUGUGAAAUACAAGAGAUAAGUUAAGGUUUUGCUGACUUUUAAAUUAAAAUAUUAAAUAUUAGCAUUAUCAAUUUUUAAUUACUUGAAGAAUUUAAUUACCUAGUGAAGAUUAUUUCUAAUAGAUGAGAAUCUGAAUUUAAUAUUUUUCAUCCUUUUUUAAAGUGUAUGCAACAAUUAACAUGCCUGCCUUAUUUGAGGACAUGAUAAAAUGUACCCAAAAUGACUUAGAACUGUCUAACGCCUCAGAAAAAGAACUUAAAAUCAAACCAUCUCAUGGAUAAAUGUUUUUAUAUUAUGAACUGAUUUCAGCAAGUUUUAAAACUGAUAAUAUCUCAUUGCUGUGUUUGGCAUACAAGUACAUUCAUUAGUUCUAUAGUUUUAAUGAUGACAAAUUAAAGUGAUCUUUUUUCAGUGAGUCAUGUCUGCAUAUCUUUUGAUGUUAUUUAAGCAGAAACAACAUAAAAAAUCAAAAUGGCAUUUUAUUCAGCUACUGGAUGGUGUAAAAUGUGUAAGCCCCAACAAUGUCAAGCACAUUGGUCUGUGAUGUUGACCCUUUUUAUCCAGUCUUUCCUAUUGUAGAAGUAAUGGUGAACUGUGUAAAAUAAUGGUAUCUUCCAGUGAGGGAUUUGAGAAUUGAUGUGGAUUGAAUAUAUUUUUCAAAAUGUUAUAAAUUGUGUGGUGUUUUCAGUAUAUGAAAAUGUUCACAGGAAACUAAUUUUAUAGCUUUUUUUAAAAAAACAGCACUUGUGCAACGCUACAUUUUUGAAGCUUCUGCAGCUGAAUUUAGAGUAAAAUAAAUAUGCUCAGUUUAUAAAUCAAA